AUGCUUCGACCAUUGGGCAAAUUCGUGAAACCUUCUAUAUUUUUAUGGAAACGAUUAUCAUCUAACAAUGCAAUUCGCAAAAUACGAAAUGUUGGGAUCAUUGCACACAUAGAUGCGGGGAAAACUACAUUGACCGAGAAAAUGUUGUACUAUGGAGGCUAUACUAAUCAUUUUGGAAAUGUCGAUACAGGCAACACUAUCAUGGAUUAUCUACCUUCAGAACGUGAAAGAGGAAUUACUAUUAAUUCUGCAGCCAUUACAUUUCCGUGGAGAGGACAUACUAUAAACUUAAUUGAUACACCUGGUCAUGCCGACUUUACCUUUGAGGUAGAACGAUCGGUCGCAGCUUUAGACGGUGCCGUAGCAAUUUUGGAUGGUAGUGUCGGCGUUGAAGCACAGACGAAAGUUGUAUGGAGUCAAGCAACCCGAUAUGGCAUCCCAAAAGUUAUCUUUGUUAACAAAAUGGACCAUAUUGGUUCGAGUCUUUCAAAGACAAUGCGGUCAAUAUAUACUCAAUUGGAAUGCCAUAAUCCAGUCGUCCUUCAGCUUCCAGUAUUUUCAGAAUCAUUCGAGGAGAAAAAGUUUUUAGGCGUUAUGGACGUACUUCGACAGAAAAUGAUCCUUUGGGAUGUAUGUUCAGACUCAACGUCCCAUGAUGGAAAACAUGUGCGUGAAAUUCCCAUACCUGAAGAAAAGAAGGAGGAAUUUCAGGAAGCCAGAGAAGCCAUGGUGAUGGCUCUUUGUGAUCUUGAUGAAACACUAUGUGACGAAUAUUUGCAGACCGAAAACGUGAAUGCAUUUUCAGAAGAUCGUUUGGCCUCUGUUUUACAGGAACAAUGUAUCAUGGGAAAUGUUGUCCCAGUCCUGUGUGGAUCUUCAUUGAAAAACAUUGGCGUCCAGCCUGCUUUGGAUGCGAUAGUUGAUUACCUUCCUGAUCCUGUGGAGGCUGAUAAGCUUUUGAAAGAGAAGAAUACGAAUGUCUCCAAUAAAACUGCAUUAAAAGAUAUACCUCUUUACGCGCUCGUCUUCAAAGUUAUUCAUACACCGACUAGGGGAAUUUUGUCCUACAUUCGUGUGAGAGAAGGAACAUUAAAACGAGGGACAAUGAUCUAUAACCCGAGAACAAAAAAGACGGAGCGUGCUAUAAGGAUAUAUAAUGUUUAUGCUGACCAGACUGAGGAAGUAGAUGAAAUUUCGGCAGGAAAUAUAGGAUUGGUAGGAGGUCUAAAAGAAUUUCAUACUGGUGAUGCUAUCACUACGAAAACUAAAGGAAAAGAGCAACCAUAUUUGAAGAAGGAGAAUAUUUCCCAACUACAUAUCCCUAUUCCAGAACCAGUCUGCAUGGCUGUUUUGGAGCCAGAGUCUCUAAAAGAUGAACCAAAGUUACUGGAAGCACUUGCUAGUUUGGUUCGUGAAGACCCUUCCCUUAGAUACACACAGAAUAGUGAAAGCAAUCAGUGGAUUUUGGAAGGAAUGGGAGGAUUGCAUCUGCAAAUCUCGCACCAGCGACUCGUUAAUGAUUUUGGUGCUCGUGUAAUUUUAGGAAAGCUUCAAGUAGGAUAUCGUGAAACCAUUAAAAAACCUUGUACUUUUGCUGACGAGGGCUUUCCUUCAGCUAUCUCGUUACAUUUGCGAUUAUAUCCAUUGGAUGAAAGCGCAGAAGCUGUUGAUUUCUCCAAAAAGGCCAACCAUGUUCAAGAGGGGUUUGUCUUUCGGGGCUGGACCCAAAAUGAUUCCGUUAGUUUCCCGGAAUAUUUUGAUUCUUCCUCUAUUGACGAGCAUUUAUACUACGGUAUUUUAGCAGGUUUAUCUCAUGGGCCACUAUAUGGAUUCCCCCUCUGGAACGUUCAGGCAGCUAUCCAUAUUGAGGCUUGUUCUUUUUCAUCCUCCACUUCUUCUUCUUCUUCCUUGUCUCCUUUAGCACUUUUAUCCCAGACGGCGUCAAAGGCAACACGGCAAGCCCUUGAAAGACUAUAUUCUCAAUCGCCGAACGCAUUUUCCGUAUUGGAACCCUAUAUGGAUAUAACCAUCACAACUCCAGAUGAGUAUUUAGGGGCUAUUACUAAAGAUUUAGUUGGGAAGAGAAGUGCUGUCAUCCAUGAAAUUGUCGAUGAAUCAAGUGCCCUCGAUCCGUUAGGGGAGCCAGUCUCGCAAGAAAACACUGAGAGCAACAUGAAAAAUUUGAAAUACGUCCCAAGAGAAACUUCUACAUAUUCCCGCACGGACAAUCAGAGUGCGACACAAAACGAGUCGUAUUCUAUCUCCAAAACCAAGCGUGUUUCUGCUCAAGUGCCCAUGGAACGAAUGCUUGAUUACAACUCGGUCUUAAAGGCUUUAGCAAAGGGAAAUGCAAGGUUUACAAUGUCUCAGAUUCAGAAUCCUUCUUCUUCUAAAUCCGCCUUAACCCCGUCUUCAACUUUUCUGCCCAUGUCUACUGAGCGUCAAAAACAAGUUCUUGCUACCGAAAUGUUUUGA